GACAACAUCUCCUUUGAGUCACAUGCUGUUACUAUCAUCCACCCUGUUAAAACUCAUGUUGUGGUUAUCUAUCGUCCCCCAGGUCAGCUUGGACAUUUCUUAGAGGAGUUGGAUACGCUUCUGUCAUCCUUCCCCGAUGAUGGUACUCCUCUGGUGGUACUUGGAGACUUCAACAUCCACCUUGAAAAACCACAGGCUGCCAACUUCAACAAUCUGACUGCGCCGUUUGACCUCAAGCGAGCUCCCACUUCAGUAACCCAAAAGUCUGGUAAUCAACUAGAUCUUAUCUACACACGAUACUGCUCCACUCAUCACUCCCAGGUCACCCCGCUGCACAUGUCGGAUCAUUUCCUCAUCACUCUUGAUCUCGACAUAACUUCUUCAGACACUACACAUGCUUCCCCACUGGUCACAUUCCAGCGCAACCUACGGACACUCUCCCUCUCGCUUAUCCUCUGCGGUCUCUGCAACGCUCCCUCCCUCUGAACAGCUCUCUCUCUUGGAUGCUAACAGUGCCACCGACACUCUUUGCUCCACACUAACCUCCUGCUUAGAUAGCUUAUGCCCUCUAACAUCUAGGCCAUCUUGUGCAUUCCCUUCUGCACCCUGGUCAUCUGAUGUUCUCCGUAAGCAUCGCGCCACGCUCAGGUCUGCUGAGAGAAAGUGGCGCAAAUCUAAAGAACCUACUGUCCUCCGUCUCUAUCAGUUUCUCCUCUCUUCUUUCUCUGCUGUUGUCUCCUCUGCAAAAACCCAGUACUACCACGCUAAAAUCAACAACUCGCCUGACUCUCGUACUCUCUUUAAAACCUUCUCUGCUCUUCUUUGCCCGCCUGCCCCCUCUCACCUCCAUCGGACUUAACAGCUGAUGAUUUUGCAUGUUUCUUCAUAAAGAAAACGACCACCAUCAGCAGUCAGUUCUUUGCGCCGCCGCCUCUUGAUCACACCCAAACCUCCGAUACAUGCUCGUUCCCCUUUUUUCUCUCUCCUAUCUGAAGAUGAUGUCUCCAAGGUCAUGUCUUCUAACCACCCAACUACCUGCCUGCUAGAUCCAAUUCCCACUCAUCUCCUCCAGGCCAUCUCUCCAUCGGUUGUUCCCACUCUGACCCACAUUAUCAACUCGUCUCUCACCACUGGUACAUUUCCCACAGUCUUCAAAGAAACCCACUCUUAAUCCUGCACUGUUAGAGAACUACAGACCGGUAUCUCUCCCCCCUUCAUUGCUAAAACUCUUGAACGUGUUGUAUGUAACCAGCUCUCAUCCUUUGCCAGCCGCUUGACCCUGAAGGAUAAGUCAAUACCAACUUUAUUUGGACCAACAAGCGCGUCUCAGAACCAGAACCUGUAAGUAUGAUUUUCUCUCCCUCUUCCGAUUCCUGUCUGCAUCGCUACCGGCAGUUUGUUUGUAUCCCUGCACUUACACUUCGCUCUAAUAUUAGUGUAUUUUAUUAUCAUUACUUAUCAUUGUCGUUGCUAACUUAUCCUGAUAUUGCAAUAACCCUGUUCUUGUUAUUUACUUGAAGAUUCUAAACCAAAAUUGAUAGUUAAAUUAACGUCGUUAGCAUAGCAAUAGCGUGUUAGCUUGCUUUCUGUUUACACUGUGGAAUAUCAUCUUGCCUCUGGUUUGUCUUGUGUGCUAACUGUUUCUCUUUUUAAGUGAGUAUACUAUGAUUCAUCGAGCAACCUUGGUAAGUUGGAAUUGCACUUCAAACCCGGUGAGUUAUGGCUUCUAUUCCUAUUAUUGUUACUUGCACCUCAUGUCAUAUGUUUAGCUUAGCUUAGCUCUGUCAGCUGCGAGGGUUUUAUAUGCGAUAAAUGCAGGGAAACAGUUAGGCUGACAGAGAAGAUCUUAGAAUUAGAGUCUCGCAUCCAAUCUUUAUCUGAGGAUAGUAAGAGUGUAAUGACCAUGAGCCUCAUCUAAAAGGCAGAGGGGGAGGUGUCGCAGCACUUUACAAUAACUCUAUUAGCAUUUCCCAGAAGUCUAACUCUAAAUACAAUUCUUUUGAAGUCAUGGUACUUCACGUUUCAACACGUAAUACUAAGGAUAAAACAUUUUUAAAAUUUAUUCUGGCUAUUGUUUAUAGGCCUCCAGGGCACCACACAGAUUUUAUUAAAGAAUUUGGUGGGUUCUUAUCAGAUCUAGUACUGGCCGCAGAUAGAGUCCUUGUCAUUGAUGACUUUAACAUCCAUGUAGAUAACGAUACAGAUGCUAGGAAUGGCUUUCAAAAACACUCUUAACUCCAUGGGCGUUAGUCAACAUGUGUCAGGACCCACUCACCUUCGUAAUCAUACUUUAGAUUUAAUGUUUUACGGUAUAAAUGUGGACGACGUUAAAAUCCUUCAGCAGAGUGAAGACAUUUCGGAUCAUUAUCUGGUAUUAUGUGUGCUUCACUGGCCUAUGGCUGCAAAUAAAACUCCUUGUUACAAAUAUGGUAGAACAAUAACUUCAACUACCAGAGAUGCGUUUCUCGAUAAUCUGCCCGAAUUGUCUCAAUUCUCUAGCAUGAGAAAUAACGUUCAAGAUCUUGACACUACCACUGAAAAUUUUAAUUCCACCUUCUCGGAAACGCUAGACACAGUUGCUCCUCUACGUUUAAAGAAGAUUAAAAAUAGCAGUCCCACACCGUGGUAUAAUGAACACACUCAGGCUCUAAAGAAAGCGGCCCGAAAAAUGGAGCGCAUCUUUAAGAAAACUAAAUUAGAGGUAUUUCGUACAGCAUGGAAGGAUAGUAUUCGAAAAUACAGGAAAGCCCUAAAAACUUCUAGAUCCGCCUACUUUUCAUCACUAAUAGAAGAAAACCAGCACAACCAUAGGUUUUUAUUUAACACAGUGGCUAAAUUAACAAAAAUAAAUUGUCAGUGACCUCUGAUCCUGUAUAUCAGCAUAACAGUGAUGAAUUUAUGAACUACUUCACAAAUAAAAUCCAAGAUAUCGGAGAAAAAAUUAUAACAAUGCAAUCAGACGUGAAACCCGCUGAACAAACUAACUACAGCGCCCUUAAGGAGAAAAUGCAAUUAUUUUAUACCGUAGAUCACGAUGAGCUGUCUAAAAUCAUUGGAUCAUCUAAAUCAACAACAUGCAUGCUAGACCCUAUACCUACAAAUCUACUGAAAGAGAUGCUCCCAGAAAUUAUAGAUCUUUUCUUAGUAUGAUUAACUCAUCUCUGACAUUAGUUUCCAGGUAAACAACGUAUAACAGUUUUACAGUUUUAAUAAUCCAACUCUUACCUAAUAAUGUGACGGUUAUUGUAGACUGUUGUCGUUCUACAUAUCGUAGUAUUGUACAAACUGUAUCCCUUUAUCGUUUAGUCACGGUAGCACGUCGCUAACGCGUCUCACAUUAUGGUUUUGUCAGGUGUGCAAAGUUUAGCUGUGGUCACGAUCCCCUUCAAACAAAACUGUUUGCUUGUCAUUUUAAAAACGGACUGCAGCACUAUAUAAUUUUAUUAUGUAAAGGUGUGUCCAUUAUCUUUGGAAGCUCUCGCUAACUUGCUCAGUUAGUCCUCUCUGUAUGAUCAAAGUAAUGUUAAACUUUUGGAUAGAGCUGUUGUUGUUCUCCCACAGCUAUGAUGAAAAAAGAUCAAUAGAAAACCAUAGUCUGAAUGGUUUAUGAAGAUAAAUGGAGAACUUGUGAUAUGGUAAUCCUGAUGCCGUUUUUAUACACUUACAGCGUCUUUGUUUACAAAACCCUUCCUGAGAUAAGAACUGGGCUUUUCGUUUCUGACACGCAGUGUAUGAAGAAAGACCAAUCACAACUGAUUGGGCCAGUUGGCCAAUCGGAGCACACUGGACUCGCCGUAGGGAGGAGCUCAGAGAUUUGAACAGUUCCGGAGGAAUCAUUUAGGGAUCUUUGAGAAAUGGAUAGAUACUACUCAACUCUCAACUCAACUUUAUUUAUAUAGCGCUUUUACAAUUUUCAUUGUUACAAAGCAGCUGUACAUGAGACACAUUGACUACAAGCAAAACAAUCAAAGUUGUACCUGCAAAAACAAGAAAAGGUUGAAAACACAGAAGACAGACACACCCACACACAAAACACUCCACACACACAACACGCACACGCACCAACACACACAGACACAGAGACACACACACACACACACACACACACACACACACACACACACACACACACACACACGUACGUACACAGACAAGUACGCACACACACACACGCUCAGUGAGAGCACACAUUUAGGAUAAAGGAGAGAGAAGCACAGGUCAAAUAUAGCAGAUAAUAAAUUCCUAUAUGCAAUAUUAAUUAAGUAAAACUUUAAGAUUCUAAAGCAGCCCCCCGGUCAGGCAGAUAGUGCAAAAACAGUAUGCAAACGGUGGCGAGGAACCCAAAACUCUAAUCGAGAAAAAAAACCUCAGGAGAACCCAGGCCCAACCAGGGGAUUCCAGUUCCCCUCUGGCAAAAGCUGCUGCCUCUGCACAAGCUCCAGAGAACUUGCACAACAAGGCUAAAUAAAAUAAAUAAACUUAAUAAUAAAAUAAAUUGUAGUUUAAGAUUAUCAUUAAUAAUCUAAUAGCAUCUAAUGCUAUUAGAUACUAAAUGCAUAUUUUAAGAAAAUAGCACCGUUUUUUACCUUUGAUACAUUUUAACAUGUUGUUGGGGACUCUAAUACAACAUUAGGAGAUUUAGGACACUUACAAAAACCUUUAAACCUGCUCUUUAACUUCACAGAUCAGGUUGCCAGCACCACCCGGUCCUGUAGAUUCAUCCUCUACAAUAUUAGGAAAAUUAGACCUUUCCUAUCUGAGCAUGCUACGCAAGUCCUAGUCCAGGCUCUUGUUCUGUCCAGACUGGACAACUGCAAUGCGCCUCUGGCUGGACUUCCAGCUUGCACAACCAAAUCUCUAAAGAGGAUCCAGAAUGCAGCGGCAAGAGUGGUCUUCAAUGAAUGGAAGAGAGCGCACGUCACUCCUGUCUUCAUUAAGUUACAUUGGCUCCCUAUAGUCGCUCAGAUCAAAUUCAAGACUCUGCUCCUGGCCUACAAGACCACCACUGAUUUGGCACCCCCUUACCUUCACUCGCUAAUGCAGACUUAUAUACCUGCCAGAUCCCUACACUCUGCAAGCGAACGAUGUCUUGUGGUGCCAUCCCAAAAAGGCUGCAGCAUAUUUGAGAACUGCAAACGCUGUAACAAUGGCACCUGGGGCCCAAGGGAUGAUUUCUUUGUGAAAGGGCAGUACUGUGCAGAGUGUCGGCCUGGCUGGUCUGGUGGGGAUUGUUUAACUUGUGGAGGGGUGAUUCAUAGGAGGCAGGGUCACCUGGUGCUGGAAAGUUACCCAACCAAUGCCCGCUGUGAAUGGACAGUAAAAGUGGACGAGACUUUUACCAUUGAUCUAAGGUUCAUGAUGCUCAGCAUGGAGUUUGAAUAUAGCUGUCAGUAUGACUACGUGGAAGUGAGGGAUGGAGACAACUUGAACUCACGCAUAAUUGGUCGUUACUGUGGAAAUGAGCGGCCUCCUCCAAUUAAAAGCACUGGCAAUUCUCUCCACAUUCUUUUUGUCUCUGAUGGUUACAAGAAUUUUGAUGGGUUUUUUGCCAUCUUCCAGGAGAGUUCAGCAUGCGUAUCCUCUCCAUGUUUUCAUGAUGGCACCUGCAUCGCAGAGUCCUCUCACUCUUUCCAUUGUGCCUGUCUGGCUGGAUAUACUGGCAAGAGAUGUGAACAUGUGCUUGAGUGCAGAGGGCCUUUGAGUCUGGCCCAUGGGACUACAGAGUAUGUAGAUGUAAGGGUUGGAGGUCAUGCUCUGUUCCGCUGUGACCCUGGAUACACAUUACAGGGCUUCCAGAUGGCCACCUGCCUGUUGGAUGGGUCAUGGAGUACACCAACUCCACAGUGUGUGUCUAACCAAAACUGUGGCAUUCCACCGAGGCCAGAUCGUGGUAAUCACUUCCUUGUUUAUGGACCAAAUGAUGUACUUAUUGCUGUUCAGUUUUUGUGCUAUAAGCCAUACAAACUGCAUGGAAGCCCCCAGAGAACUUGCCUGAGCAACAACACUUGGAGUGGGAUGGCACCUACCUGUGUCAAAGAGUUGGACACUGUUUCUGAACCUGAAAAUAAACAAAACACAAGCAAAGACAAAUCCACGGGACCAGUAGAAAAGGGUCAGGCCCAUGACAAAACCCAGCAAGAAAACGAGCAUGCCAUAGACAAAGAAAUUAAACCACAAAAACCUACGUCUGGAAAGGAUAAGUUUGGACAAUAUUUAGAUUCGGACAAAGACAUUGGCAAAGUCAUGAGAAAGGAAUUAGGAAAAGAAAAAAAUAAGGAGAAAGAAGAAAAUAAGGACACUGAUAGCAACAUUAACACAAUUACAAAAGAAGAAACUGACAAAUUCAAGCAUGAUAGUAUGAAACCACAAGACAAUCUAGAAAAUUCAGAGAAAGUUGACAAAAGUCCAACAAAAGGUUUGGACAUAGACUUUGUAGAUAUUGUGUUAAUUAACAGUAAGAGAGCCAACAAUCACACAGAAAAUGUUAAGUCCAAAAGUAAAAAAAUAACUGAUGGACCCAAAUACACAAUAUUAAGUUUCACUGAAGAUAAUAAAGAAAACAUUAUGUAUGAAAUAGAUACUAUAAACACAGCAAAUGUCACUCAAUCUGUCGAUAACAAUGACAUAGUAGAGAAUCUAGAGACAAUUCCCCUGACAGCUGCUACUGGAAGCCCAGAAAUAUCAACAGUGAGCAAAACAGCCGAAACAACAACAAUCACAGUCAAACCUACAGAGGAGUUAAAAGAUCAUACAACGAUACAGAGGCCAACAGAAUUCUCAUUGAAAGAAACAAAAGAAGAAUCUCAACCAAACAAGACUGAAGGUGAAUUUGCUGGAACAGAAAACCUCAUAAUCAAUGAGAGUGAAGGAAGACAUUGUCCUCCACUGGCAACAUUGUAUCAUGGUUACUAUGAGUUGGUACCUGAACUCCUUACAGAAACAGUUGAGUUUUUCUGUAACCACUCUUAUAUUCUGAGCGGCAGUUCAUGGAGGACGUGUCAGCCUAAUGGCACCUGGACUGGAAACCAGCCCAUCUGCAUUAAAGCCUGUCGAGAGCCCAAGGUGUCUGUACUGGUCAAACAGAGAGUUCUGCCUUCACAAAUCCCGUCCAGGAAAACAGCUGUACAUAAGUUUUACUCAUCUUCUGGGGUCACCAAUUUCCUAAACGAAGUACGACCAACCCAAAGCCCCGUGAGCCUGCCAUCACUCCCACAUGGGUUUCACCAUCUCUACACACACAUUGAGUAUGAAUGUAUGUCACCAUACUACAAGCGCUCUGGAAGUGCACGCCGAACCUGUCUGAGGACGGGAAAGUGGAGUGGCCGCCAUGUCUCCUGUUCACCAGUGUGUGGAAGGCUGAAAAACUUUGCCUCUCAGCACCCAGCAGAGACUAACUGGCCCUGGCUGGCUGCCGUCUACCGUUUGCCUGCUUCAAACAAACUAAAGAAGCACUCAAGUGUAGCAGAGACAAAGGAAAAGACAAUAGGCAUGAUGGAGAAAGAGAUUAAUACAAGUGAUUGGCAGCUUGUCUGCAGUGGAGCCCUGGUGAACCAGCGCAGCGUGGUAGUAGCUGCCCAUUGUGUUACAGAGUUGGGGAAACUACAUCCAGUUGACACAUCCAAAAUCAGAGUAGUGCUUGGUAAACAGUACCGUAGCGAUCUGAGAAUGACCAAAGGAUUGCAACAGUUACGGGUAUCCUUCAUUACUGUGCAUCCUAACUAUGACCCCCUGGUGCUGGAUUCAGAUGUGGCCGUAUUAAAGCUGUUGGACAAGGCUCGUAUUGGAGACUAUGUGCUACCAAUCUGCCUACCAGAUGAGACCACAGAAGACAUCAGACUGAGCAUAGUAAUGGGUUGGUCCCUCCUACGUGACCAGCAGGAUGGUGAUAUGGAGAAAGCUCGUGCAGGUCAUGUGAUGUUAGGGGAUAUUGUUCCUUGUGAGCAGCAGUAUGCCAAUUAUGGUGUUCCAAUCAGUGUGUCUGAAAACAUGCUAUGUGGAAGACAGAGCACUGGUGCUGAUCAGUCCAACAUUUGCCCUGCAGACACUGGGGGAGUUCUUAUUCUUCCGCCUGUCACCUAUGACACAUCCACAUCUCCACAUAGACAGGCCUCACAGGAGUGGAAACUUUUAGGGUUGGUCAGUUUUGGAUAUGAUUCUUUAAACUGCAACCCAGAGCUUUACACUGUCUACACUCGUAUUACUAAUUUUAUUCAAUUCAUAGAGGAAAAUAUGAAAUAGACUGGUAUUUCCAGAUUAAAACUCAUUCAUAUCAACUUUUUUAUUCUGUAUAAUACUACAUUAUGGGAUUAAUGCACAUGAUCAUAUACAAAAAAACAGGGUUGUUUCAAACCCAUAGUUGGGUUUGCUCAUAUUGCCCGUAUUUUACCCAACCAUAGGUUAAAACAGCCCAGCAUUAUUUAGAGUGUACACUGGACAAUUCAGUGAUAUUUUGGGCAUGGACUUACUUCAAACCUUACAUUAACCAUUAUAAAGGAGACAGUCGGAAAACAACAUACGUUUCUACAAACACUUACUGGCUCUCAGGUAAUGAAUAGUUAUUCAAUAUAAUUUAUGACUUCCAGUUUGUAUAUUUAGGGUUUUUUUUGUUUUACCCACUUACCCAUCAACAUUAAUAACGCAUACGUGUGUAUCAAUACUGAAGCCGUUUUUGGAGCCUGUUAUGUCCCCUUUUAAAUGUCUAGGGAUUUCUGAGAAUAACAUUUAAAAAAUAAAUAAAUGCAUAAAGAUGUUAUCAGACCCCGGGCUCUGUUUUCAGAUUGUGUGCUUCAAUAAAACAG